CUACUUCCGGCCUGGACUUUUCUCCCCGGCUUUUAGGGGAGCAGCUCGGCAGCUGCUGUCUUUCCCCCCCUUUUGCUCAUGUUGAGAGUGGUGUUCCAGAAGCCCUUGCAAACACUUUGCCUCGCUGGUGGGAAGCCAUUUGCAAGGAUCCAAAGCCGAGCCCCUGGCCACAGAUUCAAAGCCAUGUCCACGGGGGGCGCAGGACCCCUGAAGCCCCUUAUCGCCGUCUGCCAGAUGACCUCCACUCCCGACAAAGCCCACAACUGGGCGUCCUGCUCACGGCUCAUCCGGGAGGCUGCCCAGAGGGGGGCCUGCAUAGUCUUCCUCCCGGAAGCCUUCGACUUCAUUGGCAGCAGCGUGGAGGAGGCCCUGAGCCUAGCCGAGCCCCUGGAGGGAGACCACCUGCAGCGCUACGUUGGGCUGGCCAGGGAAUGUGGUGUCUGGUUGUCCCUUGGAGGCUUCCAUGAAAGAGGCAGUGAUUGGGAGAGCACAGGAAGGAUCUACAAUUGCCACCUCCUCUUGGAUCCCAAAGGAACCCUGGUGGCUGCGUAUCGGAAGACUCAUCUUUUUGACGUAGAGAUGGAGGGGCGAGUGUCCCUGAAGGAAAGCGCCUUCACCAACCCAGGUUCCAAGAUAGUGGCUCCUGUGGAGACCCCGGCUGGAAAGGUUGGUCUGGCCAUUUGCUAUGAUCUCCGCUUCCCAGAAAUGUCUAUCGCUCUGGCCCGGGAAGGGGCGGAGAUUCUCACCUACCCAUCAGCCUUCACUGUGACAACAGGCUCCGCCCACUGGGAGGUGCUGCUGCGAGCUCGUGCUGUCGAGACCCAGUGCUAUGUGGUCGCAGCUGCUCAGACAGGAAAGCACCACGCAAGCCGCAUCUCCUACGGCCACGCCAUGGUAGUGGACCCAUGGGGCAGUGUCGUCGCCCAGUGCCAGGAGGGACCAGGCCUGUGCUACGCAGAGAUCGACCUUGCCUACCUGCGCCGCAUCCGGCAGGAGAUGCCAGUCUUCUCCCAUCGCCGGGCUGACCUGUAUGGCCAGGUAGCCGCUCAGAAGGGACCCCCAUCCCUGUGAUUUGCUCGGGUGCUGCUGGACCAGCCUCCGGAACCUCUUACCCGUCUAAUGACCUACCUGGGUGGAUUUUCGCUCCCUCAACCAAUUUGGCACUCCAGCAAUUCUGCUAGGGAGUGGGUGAUAAGUAGAACGACUGAGAGAAAUGUACCCGCUCUCCCAAGUGGAUCCAAGAAAGGGCACCUUACCCCAUAAGCCUGGUCUUUUAUUCCACCUGGGAGGGUGCAUUUGCUCAGACGAGCUCCAGUGAAUCCUUUGUCCCUAAAUUAGGAGUGGGGAAUCUGCAAGCCCCCAGAUGCUGCUGGACCUAAAUUCCCCAUCAGUUCCAGCCAGCGUGGAAAGAUGACAGAUGCAGUCCAGGAACAUUCAGAGUCAAAGUUUCCCCACCUCUGGCUGAAAUAAAUCUGCCCCUGCUGGACUCCCACACUUCUUCCCGUCACCCAAUAAUCCAUUUUUAAACAGGUACAGUGGUACCUAGAGUUACAAACGCCUCAAGUUACAAGUGCUUCAGGUGACAAACUCCGCUAACCUGGAGUUCUCAAGUUGAGAACUUUGCCCCAGGAUGAGAACGGAAAUCGUCAAGUAUCACAACUCGCACACAUGAUGCAAACUUUUCGGAUCACUUUAUUUCGUGAUGAACAUCAUCCUUCCACUUGAUUGCAACUUAAGAGAUGAGGAAUAAGUUUUUAGAAAAUAAAUUUGUCACUUGUAUGCAUGAUGCAAAUUUGGAAUAUCUAUUUAUUUUGCAUUUUCUGCACUUCUGGUAGUUACAGGGAGAGGCAAGGGCACUGGCACCUCAACCUGACUGCUGGGAUCUUGUUCAGCAACUCCUCCGAAGCAGCUUUACUCGUAUUAUUUUUCAAGAUCUAGAAACUUGGUUUUAAAAACAAACACAAGAUCGAGGUGCCCAGACACAUGCAUCCUGUGGCCAAUUCAUAGCUUUCUGCAGAGGGCUUUCCUUUUUUUGCAUGUGCAUUGUUAAAACCAAUUUAAAGCUAACGAUUUUAACUGUUUGAAUUUUAUCUUGUUAAGUUGCUAGAAUGGGGUUUGUUUUUGGUAUAAGGUAGCUAACAAAUGUAAUAAAUAAUGUAAUGGCUGUUCA